UUUUUUUCUUCUCUUAAGUGGGAUGUUAAUUACUGAGCUGUCAGAGAUGUAUUCAAGGGAGGAAGUAAUUUUAUAAGAACUCAAAACCACACCAACUGCAGCCUGAGGACCUCCAUUUGGGAAUGGUAUCUGGUUCCAAGAAGAGGCUUUCUUACAAAAUAACUAUCCAAUCAAGAUUCUAAGACUUGGGAAGCGACUGGUGCCAAGGGCCAAGAGUGGACAGUGGUCACCAGCCAGAGGAACCUGUCAAAGCCUGUCGUGGUGACAGUGAUUUGGGGCAGAGGGAAACUCCGCCACAAAGUGCACAUCAUUCUCUGGAGAAGCAAAAUGGAUGAGAAGCCUACCACUGUGAAAGGGUCAGGUUUCUGCUCAAUACGCUAUGCGCUGGCUCUCAUCAUGCACUUCUCCAACUUCACCAUGAUAACGCAGCGUGUGAGUCUGAGCAUUGCCAUGAUCGCCAUGGUGAACAGCACACAGCAUCAGGACCCAGCUAAUGCACACAGCGAGGGGCCUUGGAUAGACCCCAGUAACCAGAGCAGAGGCGUCAAGGACUUUAGCACCCGGGCUGCUGUUUAUCAGUGGAGCACAGAAACUCAGGGCAUCAUCUUUAGCUCCAUCAGCUAUGGAAUCAUACUGACGUUAAUACCAAGUGGCUACUUGGCGGGGAUAUUUGGAGCAAAGCAGAUACUUGGUGCUGGUUUGCUGGUCUCAUCCCUGCUCACGCUGUUUACUCCACUGGCUGCUAACUUUGGGGUGAUUUUGGUCAUCAUCAUUCGCACAGUCCAGGGGAUGGCCCAGGGAAUGGCGUGGACCGGUCAGUUUACAAUUUGGGCGAAGUGGGCUCCUCCACUUGAACGGAGCAAGCUCACCAGCAUUGCAGGCUCAGGGGCAGCAUUUGGGUCCUUCAUCAUCCUCUGUGUUGGGGGACUAAUCUCACAGGCACUGGGCUGGCCUUUUAUCUUCUACAUCUUUGGUAGCAUUGGCUGCGUCUGCUGUGUCCUGUGGUUUACGGUGAUUUAUGAUGACCCCAUUCAUCACCCGUGCAUAAGUGCAAGGGAAAAGGAACACAUCACAUCCUCUCUGGCUCAGCAGUCUAGCUCUCCCAGAAGAUCCGUCCCCAUAAAGGCUAUGGUCAGAUGCCUGCCCCUAUGGGCCAUUUUCAUGGGUUUUUUCAGUCAUUUCUGGCUAUGCACCAUAAUCAUAACGUACCUACCGACGUACAUCAGUACAGUGCUUCACGUUAACAUCAGAGAUAGUGGGGUUCUGUCUUCCCUGCCUUUUAUUGCUGCCUCAAGCUGUACAAUUUUAGGAGGUCAGAUGGCAGAUUUCCUUCUGUCCAGGAAUCUUCUCAGCUUAAUCACAGUUCGAAAACUCUUUUCAUCCCUGGGGCUGCUCCUUCCCUCGCUCUGUGCUGUGGCCCUGCCCUUUGUGACUUCCAGUUACAUAGCAACCAUUGUUUUGCUGAUACUCAUUCCUGGGACCAGCAAUUUGUGUGACUCAGGGUUCAUCAUCAACACCCUAGAUGUUGCCCCCAGAUAUGCAAGUUUCCUCAUGGGCAUCUCAAGGGGAUUUGGGCUUACUGCAGGAAUCAUCUCUUCUACUACCACCGGAUUCCUCAUCAGUCAGGUUGGGCAUGUUAUUGAACAUCUGCGAGUAGCAGGAUUCGGAAUCAGGAUGGAGGAAUGUGUUUUUCCUGUCUGCUGGUGUCAACAUGUUCGGUCUGAUCUUUUACCUCAUAUUUGGACAAGCAGAAAUCCAGAACUGGGCCAAGGAAAGGACUCUCACCCGCCUUUGAGGAUGUUGGAUUGGAGACCAAAUAAAGUGCUGACACUUAACUUUUUAACAUAUUUUGCUUAUCACCAUUCUUUCUUCGUUCUCUUAACCUUAGACACAGCACCUCUCUACUCUGGCUGGGUGCUAGCUUUUCGAAAGGAGCUUCAAAAGUAUGUUCCCAGGAUAUACUUCAGAGUGAGUUAGUCUGGGGUGGAACCCAGAUGCCAUUACAUUUUAGGCUCCCUGGGAUUUUUUUAACACUCCACUGUGGUUUAUAAUUGGUAGAGAAUUUGAAUUCAAUUCUAGUUGCCUUUGAAUUUUCCUCUUUGGAAAGUAUUAUAUGAAUAAAAAUCUAUCUGAA